CGCACUCUACGGCUUAGUUUGGAAGCCCAUAUCCCGGCCGGGAUCCCCGUCGCUUCCCAGGGUUGGCAGCCCACGCGGAAAUCGUCCCCAUGGAGUCCAAUAUGCAUAUUUGGAAGCCCGUUGUGUAGGGAUUUGCAGCCCGGGUUAGCCCAGUUCCCCGUGGAAUCGCGCCCGGCCUCCAGACAUCGGGGAGAACUCCCCGUCCCCCACUCGUCUCUUCGCUCCAAUCGCUCGCCGCUCGCCCUGCGAGGUCAAGCGGGGCAGCGCCACCGCCGCCGCCUGAUCUCCUCCGACGACCUCGCAACGGCAAGCUUCCCCUCCGGAUCAGAUCUUACAAAAAGUCGCUGCCGGGGGAGCCCUACGGCGGCCGUUCACAGACCAGCCGCACCUGAACUCUCGAAGCAACACCGUGAUCCCCACCGUCAUCUCCGCCGCCUCCGAUUCAGCUCCCAUCCGCUCUCGGGCCAUGUCAGGUGAUGUUUCAAGGGCUGCUUGGAACUCCACAUUCGAGAAAGGGCUUGUUGAAAUAUUACAUGAGUACAAGGAUAACCCAAAAUAUAAAGGUCAGAAUAGUUGGUCAUCAGAAGGGUGGAGGAUUAUCACAGCCAAGUUCAAUGAGAGCUUUCCCAUAGCUCACUUCACAAAGCAACAAAUUCAAGAAAAGGAGAAGGAGCUUAAAGGUAACUACAGGACACUAAGAGAUGCAAAAAAGGAAAGUGGUAAUGGCUGGAAUGAAUCUUUGUGCAUGAUACUUGCCGAACCAAAAAUCUGGGAGAAGUUAAUUAAGAACCAUCCAAAAGUAGCAAAGUUUUGCAAAAAGCCAUUCCCUCUCUUUUACCAAUUGGAAGCACUAUAUGAAGGAAGUAUUGCCACAGGGAAUCUAAACUUCACUUCAAUUCAGCAAAAGGAUCCUUUUGACGAUGCUCCUAUGGCUGCUCCAAGGGUUGCUCCUAUGGCUGCUCCAAGGGUUGCUCCUAUGGCUGCUCCUGCUGAGAGAAGUAUCUCGGAACAAAGCUUCCACAGUGAUCUUAGAGACUUUGGCAAUAAUCUGUAUGCUUCAAGUUUUGAUGGCCAAGGGACCUCAAGUGCACGCAAUGAACAAAAUGAAGCUCAAUCUGCUCCAAGUGAAGGAGGAAGUGGGAGAAAGCGUAAGCAAAGUCACAUUGGAUCUGCGCUUGAGGAUUAUGUGGAGUUUAAAAAGAGUCAAACAAGCAAAACUUUGGAAGCUCUAAAUGAAAAGAAAAAGCGUGCUGAGGAAUUUUGUUUUGAGAAGUGUGAUGAUCAAGUGGAUUCUAUAAAUGAAUUAACAAAUGAUGAGAAGUCAUAUGCUAUGGAGCUCUUUGAAUCUGAUACAAAUAGAGAAGUGUUCAUGAAGACCAAAAAUCCUGAAGUUCGUCUAAUUUGGCUAAAGAGAAAAAUCAGAGCACUUGCUGCAAACAGUGCAUAGAAGGUAGAAGUUAUUUCGUGACAGGAGUGGCACAAAUGCAGACCAAAGAAGAGAGGAAGGCUGAAGCAUGCAAGUGAUUUCCUAAAGUAUUGACGGACAACGUAGUUUUGUGUGAGCUGUGAUAGUUGAAUGUAGUAGAUUCAGGAAUCCAACAACACUUGUCUUGAAUUUUAUUUUACCGUACUUAUGUACCAUUUGAGUAUUAUGAAGUGACCUUUAUAUGAUGGUGAAGCUGAUUGAUGGCCACCAGUCAACUUAGUAUGGUGAUGUAGGAUUUAAUUAAUGUUGAUUUUGUAUGUUCAAUUUA